GUGCGAUCAGCUGAUCGAUGUCGCUGCAUCAGUUUAAAUUCAAACUCACUCAGCGCAGGCCGCAUACAGAAAUCGGUAAAAUCUUAAUUUAAACCAAACACCUUUACUCUCAUUAAAAAGUGCAGUGAAAAAAGAAGAAGUGUUCUCUUCAACAUUGCGUUUCGUUUGUUCAUUCGUCAACAAUUCUUCGGUAGCCAUGCGGCUAUGAUUUUGGCGCGAAAAUUCACCGCGUUCGAUAUUCAAUACGGUACUGCUCACUAUGGAUCGGAAUCCCAAGCCAGCGAUAUGCCGUCAAAUCUUCACCAAAGAUGGAGAUGAUGAAGAAGACCUCAAUAAUUCCAUAAAAAUUAAAGAGGAAAUAUUAAAGGACCAAAAUGAAUUCAUACAGAAAUACAAUUAUGACCCUCGUGAAGAUAAACCAAUUCCUGGCAUGUACGAGUACAGUUUUGAUGAAAUCAGGGAGAUCUGGAUAGGCAGGCUGUCCUUUGAUAAUGUUAAAAGGAAAUCAAUAGAAAAAAAAUGUUUGAAUACCGCAAUAAUUGAAACUAAAGAUGAUGAACUUGGUGAUUUAGAAGAUAAGCAAACAAAUGAUAGAAAUGAAUCAGGAGAAAAACAAAGAAUAACAUCAAAUGAAAAUAGUCAUACAAGUAAUGAUAAAUCUCUCGAUUAAGACAUUUUUGAAGGAGAUAGGGAUAUAGCAUCUUUUUCAAACCAAUGGAUAUCGAAAGAUAAAGUUGUUUUUUAGGGUUCCGUAGUCCUGAAAAGGAACCCUUAUAUUUCGUCAUGUUCGCCUGUCCGGUCUUGCUUGGAGACUGUUAGCACUAGAGAGCUGUAAUUUUGUGAAGAUAUGUAUAUCAAUCACGUCGACAAAAUGGUAGAAUAAAAUUAUGAAAAAAAAUAGUUAAUAAAUUGGUAAUUUUGUAAGUGACCGAAAAUUGGUUUGUAGGAGAUUCUUGGGAACGAUAAGAUGUUAUUGAUAGCUGCAAUUAAUUUCUUAGAGUGCCAUAAAUUAUAUAGACUUUAAAAUAAUUAUUUUUGGUGAUUUCUAAAAUUUAUUACUCUUGAUCUCUUUUUAAAAGUAGAGUAUAUUAAGUAGAGAAUUUCAUAUUAAAAUCAGGCCGCGUGAUUUUCGUAUGGAAUUGCAACGACUCGACGUACGGAAAGCAAGUGGACCCCAUGGCAUCCCAGCAGUUGUACUGAAACAUUGUGCAGUGCAGUUGUCUCACGUGCCUACAAGCCUGGACAAACUCUCGUACUCUUUGGGGCGUAUGCCGAUUACCCAGAGAUGCCAAUGUGCAGCCGAUGCCCAAAAAUGGAAUCGCUCAGACUGACGUCUAUCAACCAAUAGCUGCAUGUCAACUAAGUGUUGUACAAAUGUCUAUUAUAACCAUAAUGACCCGCUAACUAGAAAACCAGUCUGAUCCACGAUCGUCAAUACGGAUUUAGGCCGAAUCGAUCGACGGGUGAUGGUGACCUUCUAGCAUACGUGACACAUAUCUGUGAUGAGGCUAUCUAUUGACACGCGGGUCGAGUCUUUGAAUAUCAGCCUUGACAUUGCGGCUUUUGACAUGGCCUGGGCACAAAAGUCUUCUCUCCAAUCUUCCUGCAUACGGUCUGCCUGCUCAGUUCUGUGCCUGGGUGGCUGACUUCCUGCGUGAGAGUAGAAUUUUAUAAUAUUUUGUUGAAAUUAAUAUUUGUUUCUUAGUUUUUUAAAUGUAAAUUAUUUCUUGGACGAAUGGAGGCACCGAUUUAAAUGUAUAAAAUAACAUUCUUUAGGCAUAGUUUAAUUUUGUCAUUUUACAUCGAGAGAUAUUGAACCAAAUAAACACGUAGUAUUAUAAAUGUUAUACAUUCACACGUUUUAUUCAUAAGUUAAUGCGUUAUUGUCACGAUUUUAACUAAUUAACACCAUUUAACACCAAAGCUAUUGCAAUAAAAUUAUUUCAUUAAACUAUUCAAUUCAGUCCGUAUAAAAUAGCUCAAGGACUUGAAUGAUAACAGAUAUAAAUGGUUGCGCGAAAAUUUUAUCAUUGUCUACAUUGUAUGACUGGAAAUAUAGUUGAAAUGCCGCUAGAAUUAUAACCGAUAAAGGUGUUGACUGAGUCCGCUUACAAAUAAUAAUCUGCUGACACAAUUAAUUAAGAUAAUUUUAAUUUGUUAAUGUCAGACAAUUAUUGUGUACCUAUAAUGGCCUGCGCAGACGAAGAACUUUUGUCCUCCGAGGAUCAAAACUCUUUUGAUUUUGGAAUAAAUGUCGGUCGAGGGGAUGUCACGGACUCGACAUUUGUUGGCCUAAAAUUGAGAGAAGUGCACGCUUUGGAAGUGAACAUUCUCAGAUUACGUUGUGUUGUAAUUAACAUGAAGUUUAAGAUAAAGUGAAGACGUUUGAAAAGAGAAUACUGGGUCCGUCUCUUUGAAUCGGAUCGAGCACGCAACGUGCACUAAAGUUCUCUCUGUGUGUUACUACACCUAGUCACAUGAUAUUGACAAACUUCUUUUCGGACGGGGUGUAAAUGGAAAAAUAAACUAUGAAAAACAUGAAACGGAAAUGCGUCACGAGCGUCACACGACUAUAUAUAUAUAUAUAUAUGUAUAUGUGUGUGUGUGAUGCGUGCGUUGUUCCAUUCCCCUAUGCUUUAGGCUGAUUUUCUACCAGAGAUGUGCAAUGCUGCUAUGCUGCGAAGAUGUGUCAGCUAAGCUGCGAAACUACGUGACCGUUUCCACUGAUGCUAAGCUAGUAAGUAGCUGCGUGUAGUAGCAUAUCUACUUUCAGCGACAAACGUGGGCACUCUUCUCUUGAUAUAGCUAUGUACACCACUCGCGGCCAUCAUAGCCCGCAUCCAGAGCACGCAUCCGUAGCACGCAUUCUUUCAUAUAAAAAACAUAGCUUAUAAUUUUUUAAGCAUGUAACUGCUUGAUGUUUAAAUCUAAAGAAAAUAUAACUAGAAAAAAAUCUACGCGGACCAGGCAGCAGACGAAACUCGAACCCGUACCCUUCGCAAUCCGGGCGAAUGCACCGACCAAUUAUGCUACCGGGGCCCUGACGGCCGCGUCGAAAUUCUUCUAGCCAUCCUUAAGCUGCAAGGUAGCGCCAUUUCUUCACAUUGUAGGUAACGUUGUAUGUAUGUACAACAUAGCUUAGUUGAACCCGUUUCCACCAGUGCUAUGCUAUGUGGACCAAUGAAUUUGAUUGGUGGAUAUCGAUCCAUCGCAACGUAGCAUAGCACAUCUCUGGUGGAAAAGCCUUAUGCACCGCCUAAUGUGAGGUUAUUUAAGAAAAGAAGUUUCUCUUCAGAUGUGUGGUCCACAUAUUUUUUUUUGGGGACACCCGCAUACUUUUGUUUAGUCCUCCGGUCUCUCGGUGUGCUCGGUUGGUAGGGGGACUUUAAAUCCGUCAUGUGUACUCGAUGCAGUUGUAAUGUUGCAAGUGAAACUAUUUUGGCGGACAAAAUUCUCUCGUCUGCGCAGGUUUUUCAAUGAGUUUUUAUUGUACCUAUUAUGAAAUUUGUAAAGCAGUGUGAAUGCAAAAAUCAUCAAAGUAGGUAGCUAUAUUUUGUACAGUUUACAAGUAAUAAAGAACUGCAAUAGUGGGACUUGAAUCAAUGUAAAUUGCAAUAAAUCUACAGCGCUGUGCAUGAAAAUGUAACAAAUUUAAAAAUUUAAUUCAUCUGUUUUUUUCAUACACAUUAAUAAAUUCAAUGUAAGUCCUUAAUAUUUAUUAAUGAUGGCCCAGUAAUAUGCUGGACUUUAGAUGACAUAUUUUAUUUUAAUUAACAUUCAAAUAACUAUAAGUAAAGCAUAUUUAAAAUAAAAUUCCUUUAGAUGUAUUGAUAUUU